CGCUGCGCUGCAGCUCUGUGCCUCAACCGCCGCCAUCAGCAGCAGCCCGGGAGCAGCAGCGGCCGCGCUAACACCUGCAGCAGCAGCAGCAGGUGGGCCCGCCCGUCAACGUCUCCAUGCACGUCUGGACGCGGACCGGGUGUACGCGGCUCGCUGGGCUGGGCGGGCGGUGGACGCGGCCAACGUCGCUGACAACUUGGCACGCAUGAGGAACAGGCGCUGGGUGGUUUCGGAGUGCGCUCGGCGGGUGGCCGGGGACUACCCGGGGCAGCGGCUGCUGAUCGAUUACGGCCUGCGGGAGACAGCGCGCUGGGGGCGACCCAUGGGUCUGCCGCCAGCGGAAGGAGAGGAGGAGGGGCAGGAGGACGCGGAUGAGGGAGGUCUGGAGGAGGAGGAGGAGGCUGCAUGCGCGUCAUCACCCGAGCAGCGGUUGCGGUUGCGGCGGUGGUGGUGGUGUGUGCGGCUGCGGCUGCUGCGGCACAGCGACCGGCUGGAGGCGCUGGUGGAGGCGCAGGGCAGGUCCUUCGACCCCGCCGCCUACUCCUCCUUCCGCGACCUGCCGCUCCCCUCCGCCGCCUCCAGCUGGGCCGCUCUGGGCGCGCUGGGGCCGCUGGGGGUGCUGUGCCGCCACUACCCCGCAGCGCUGGCGGGCGGCCGGCGGCUGGCGGUGCUGGCGAGGUUGCCGGAGACCAUCAGCCCCCGACUGUACGGCAACCUGCUGCCCAGGGCUGAUGGUGAGGAGGCGCAACCGCCUUCAGCUCCUUCCUCCUCCUCCGCUGCUGCUGCUGGUAACGGCCCCCUGCUGCUGCAACAACAGCAGCAGCAGCACAAGGCCCCCUUGAGGCGCCCUGACUGGGUAGAGUCACCCGAGCUACUGCGGGAGCUGCAAGCGGCAGUAGCAGCAGCAGCUACCUCCACCUCCACCUCCACUGCUACCAGUGUUGCUGCACCUGCCCUAUCAGCAGCCCAAACCCCCUCCAGCACUGCCACCGCACCCGAUUCCUGCAUCCUGGUAACCAGCCUAGGCUGCCCCGACGACGACCACAAUGAAGCCGAACAACAACAUCAGUACGAGCAGCAGCAGCAGCACCACCUGCCCGAUAACCCGGUGCUUCUGGCACUGGAUCCAGAAGCCACGGACGCUGUCGUACGAAUCCUGGAUCCAGUCCGCACCCAGCGGCUGACCCCCGCCACCCUCGCGGAGUGGUGCUCCGAGCGGGCCCUGCAGCUGGACGAGCGAGCGGGGCAGCUGGAGGGCGCUCUGUCGUUGCUGGAAUUGGGUUGGGAGCGGCUGGGAGGGACCGUACGGGGGGGAGGCUACAUGGGCAGCAGCAGCAGCAGUGGUGCUGGCAGUGGCGCUAGCGCUAGCGUUACCAGGAUGGCGCAGCUGCUGGCGGCAGCUCGUAUGCUGCGGGCCGCAGCAGGCGGCUCCAGUGCUGCUGCGCUUGCUAGCGCUGGAGGUGGUGCCGCCGGUAGCGGUGCUGCUGGUGUUGGUGCGGGUGGGGGCUGUUGUUGGCGGCUGAGUCUGCGGGACUUUGCUGGGCUGCCGGG